UUGAAGCUGUCAUUCUCCGUCGUCGCGUCGUCGUUGGUUUAUUUUCGUCGUUUCAUUUGUGUGCAGUGUGGAUUAAUUCUCUAAAUUGUGGAGACUUGCAAAAUUCUUUGUAACAUUAGACGUAUUUUCAUUUUUAUUUGUAUCGUCAAAUAAAUAGUCACAGUACUAUAAUAAGUAAUGUAACAAUUAUAAAAAUCGAAACAAUAAAAUCCUUUGUAUGGAUAUCUUCGAACCUUGGUCUAUAUAAAAGUUAUUUUUUACGUUUCUGGGACAAAGUCAAGAAUGUGCAGAUAGCAUAUGUCCCCCCUAUUUAGAAUAAAUUAGACGUUGAAACCGGAAAAAGUGUUAAAUAUUGUUCCGUAAAGAUGGCUCAGUUCAGUGUAAGACGCGAUGUUACUACUACGUACAUGGCACUGAACAACGAAACGACCCCGCCGCUGGCGAGCAUGACGGAGGACAGUGCUGCAGCUCCGACCAUGAUCACCCUGGAUCACGAACACGAAGACGCCACUAACGUUAUCAUCCACAAAGUGCCACAAACUAAGGGAGGAUGGACACACAUAGAAGAUCUCGAUUCUUUUUUUACAAGAAUGUAUAAAUAUUAUGUUUAUGGCGGCUUCUACCCAAUGGUUAUGUCCGAAUUAUUUUAUGCACUGCAGUUCUUAUUUAUAGUGUGGUUUUCUACAUUUUUAGUUCACUGUGUGAAUUAUCCAAAACUGUUUAGAGAAGACCCAGAUGCAAAUCGAAGUGUCAAACUAAGUCUCAAUGAUGUAGUAUACUCAUCUGCUGAAUGUGUGGAUAGAAUAUCAUGGAAAUGGUGGUUCCUCGUAACAAUAUGUUGUCUCAUUUGGUUGAUGAGAGUAGUUGUAUCUAUAUACAAUUUAUAUUAUGAUUAUGACACCAAGUUAUUUUAUAAUAAUGCAUUGAAAAUUAAAGAGAGUGAUUUGGCGUGGGUUAAUUGGUCUACGAUACAAGACCGGGUGCGGGAAGCUCAGCCAGAACACCAUAUGUGUGUCCACAAACAAGAGAUUAAUGAAUUAGACAUAUAUCAUAGGAUUCUUAGGUAUAACAACUAUAUGGUGGCAAUGGUGAACAAAAACUUGCUACCUUUGCAGGUACAUGUGCCUUGUAUUGGCGACUUCCACUAUUUGUCAAAAGGAUUGAAGUGGAACCUGGAGUUUUUAUUAUUUUAUAGUCCAUUCUCGCCGUGGGAGAACUGCUGGCAGCUCCGACAAGCAUAUAAAGACCACACCAAGCGGAUGCAACUGGCGAGACAACUGGAGAAACAGAUCAUACUCCUAGCAGCCAUCAACUUUCUACUCGCACCCCUCAUACAAGCCUGGCAAAUACUCUACUUCUUCUUCAAUUACGCCGAGUUAAUCAAGCGGUCGCCCGGGUCGCUGGGGCUGCGCACGUGGUCGCUUUACGCGCGCGAGACGCUGCGCCACUUCAACGAGCUGGAACACGAGCUCCGCGACCGGCUCAACCGCGCGCACAAGCCCGCCACCAAGUAUCUAGCCAGCUUCUCCUCGCCGAUCACCACUGUCUUCGCCAAGAACAUCGUGUUCCUGUCGGCGAGCGUGCUGGGCGUGCUGGUGGUGUUGUCUGUGUACGACGAGGACGUGCUCACGGUGGAACACGUGCUCACCAUCAUCACCAUCCUAGGCUGCGUGCUCGCUGCCGCCAGGGCGCUGAUUGGUGAAGAGGAACGACUCGGAGGGGGAUGCACGGGCCCCGCGCGCGGAGAGGAGCUGUUCAUACAAGUACUUGGCCACGUGCACUAUUUGCCCGCGGCCUGGCGUGGUCGCGCGCACACCAAGGAUGUAGCCGCGCACUUCCAACAACUCUUCCAAUUCAGAGCUGUGUACAUCUUGUUCGAGCUGCUGAGCCCGCUGCUGUGCCCGCUGGUGCUGCUGUCGCUGCGCUCGCGCGCGCUCGACAUCGUCGACUUCUACCGCAACUUCACUGUCUGUGUGCUCGGCAUCGGCGACGUCUGCUCCUUCGCCCAGUUGGACAUCCGACGCCACGGCCAUCCUGAUUGGCAAUCGCCUGGCAAAUUUGGAGACAAGAGCAAAGUGUGCAACGCCCAGUACAAGCAAGGCGAAGGUGGCAAGACGGAGCUGUCUCUAGUAGCAUUCUCGUGCCGGCACCCCGGCUGGCAGCCGAGCGAACCCGCGCAGCGACAGUUCCUACGCUCGCUGCGCCAGAGCAUGCACCACGCCAUACCGGCUAACAACGCACUUAACAAGACGAUGCUCGGCUCGUACAUCCAGCAGAGCAUAUUCGGCACAAACACGCCCCUGCCCGCCGUGCUCUCCUUCUACCAGCACCAGCGCGAGCCGCAGUUCAGGCUGCCGGAUAUGGAUGAAACUAGCGACGAGGACGAAGGUCCGGCGCCGGGCCCGACGCGGCCAUCACGCCCGCCGUCGAUGGGGCUAGCCGGGGUGAGCAGCGUCAUCGGGGCCAGCACCCUCGGACUGGACACGCCCGCCUCCGUGCCAGGCCCUGCAGACGAGGCACACGACAUGUCCGUCAGCACACUGCACCUGUACGACUUGCACCUCUCGCAAGCUCAGAACGUGUCUGCGUGUUGCACGAACAAGUGUAGCGAGCGGCGCGAGAGUCGCUGGGCUAGUGGUGAAGACACGCCGCUCCUCCACCGACCAUAACACACGCCGGCGGCCCGCGCGCCCGCGCCGCAGUGGGUGUAGCUGGCGCCUGCAAGACGCUAUCGAGCUGACAAACUAUUUUUUAUACACAUAAGACUAGUUUAGCUUACGCCUUACCACAAAAAGAUGCCUUAACACUUCGGUCAUUAUGUUUCUAGACGCGCAGUUCCAAGUAUCGUCCCCGCGUCAUUUCUGAUGUAUACCACUUCAAGUGUUUCGUAUAAGUCCUAACGUGUCAUACGGUUUAACCUAAUUUAAACCUGCUACAUUUUUCUUAUUGACUAAUUGUAAUAUUUUCAAUGUAUGGAAAUUAUACUUUUGUAUUUAAACCUGAUAAUUAUGGAAACGCGAAUAAGGACGAAACCAGGCGCAUCGCUAUUAUAAUGCCCCGAUUUGACGGUGUCAUUUGCUAGGCGGCAAUAGUGCAGCUACCUAUAUAUAAGAUAGAAGCUUCAUCAGAACUAUUUUUCGAACAACCUCAAAACAGAUCGACACGGGCCUAAAAGUGCUUUGAUCAACAGAACAACAGUAGGGGUGGUAUUAAUAUGUGACAGUUCUCGUAUAAAAACAGAGACUUGAGCAUGAUCUUGAGGGCAGUCUCAGCUGAGAUUCGUUUAUUAAUACCACCCUAAGUGUGGAUUGUACGGUCACAAAAUAUAUGUAUACUUUAAAACCUUGUCGCGUUAACAUAUUUGACAUUUACUUAAAACGUUAAUGCGACAUGGUUCUGAAGUGUAUACAUAUUUUUAAUGUUACCGUACAUAAGUUAACAGUGUUUAAAAUAAUGUCGGUUCAAGCUUUUCAGACACUGAGCUCACGCCCGAUCUGGAUAGAAAUGGUCACUAGAAGACUACUACUGUAACUACUCUAAAUGUCAUAUCCAUAGAUAUAUAUGUAACAUAGGUGUGGAGGUACACACUACAUGAACCGUAUGGUGACAACUCAUUACCCCUUGCCCAUAGUCUGCUAUGUUGGAAUUUGUCUUCUUUUUUAAACACUUUUAGACACGUGUGAUCAAUCCUAGCUUAUCUUCAUUUUUGUGGUAAGACAAAUAACGGGGGUUAAAAGGGACACAUCGAAGCAAUUCAUCUAAGAAAGCAAUAUUGCAAUUUGACAUAUGCGCAUAUAAAAGUAAGUGCGCAAUGCAAACAAAUGUCAAAUAGCAAUAUUGCUUUCUUAGAUGAAUUGCUUCGAUGUGGCCAUUUUGACCCCUCAAGGUUUGUGUGUAGGUCCUGCUGUUGGUCCGCCGUGUCAGUUGCUAAGGCUAUAGAUAAGUGAUUUUUUCGUUUACUUUGUGUAUUUUUUUGUGUUUUAGUUAGGUGGCGUGCGCGUCAAGAAUUAUUGUGCCUCUUUGUGUAGAUCACUAUAAGAGCAGAAAUAUCUGUUAUAGUCAAAUGACUUAUUUCAGAUCUAUAAUCGUUUACAUGUGCUUGUAUAAUGUGAAGUCGUGUGUCCAGGUCUCUAGCCACUGCUAUAAGCCGGUCGCACUUUGUACGAAUUUCCGUCGUACUCGUACGGUCACGAGCAUGGUACCAUGUCACAUUAAGUUUAUUUUCAAAAUUGAAUUGUUAAGUCUUAUUAAAUGGCAAAUAUGUUAAUGCGACAGGGUUCUAUAGUGGGUACAUUGUAUUGCUCAUGGCUGUACAGUAAAUACUGUAUGCGAAUACUCGACGACCAAUUCGCGCCGUGUAUGCGCGUUCCCUCCUCUCAUAGUACUUGGAAGGUUGGGAUUGUUCCUGCGUGUUCGUACGUGUACGCACACAACAAAUUCGUACGAAAACGCGUCUAAAGUGCGAUCGGCCUUAACACAUGACAGCUAACAGCCGACCCUACACCUUCGUAUUCUCAAAUCGAGUUUUCUAAUCAUAAAUACUUCCUGUUUGUUAAUCAUAAUACUUACAACUAGUGUUACAAAAACCCUUAAUAAACGCUAGAUGAUUGUGUUACGAUAGAUAAGGUAUACAAAUGGUGUACUUAAAAAUCUAUAAUAAGUGGAAAGAAUCCUUUCCAGAGGGCCUCGCUGAGUGGCAAACGUUCCCUGCUACACUCGCCAAGAAUAACCCGUACGAAUGGAGACGCCUCGCAGUGGCGCAUGUUCUUAACGAAAAGUGUUCAUUUCAUUCGGACGGGUUAUACGGUAGCAAUUGUAGACAUACGACAGGAAACAUUUGCAACUUGCUUAGGCCUUCUGACCGCUUAAUAGCGAAAGUCAAAUAACCUACUAUUUUUGGAUUUCAAUAUGGAGGAAUCCAUAUCGGAUUUGAAAUAUAAUAAGGUAAUUAUCUUCCCAAGCGCUCGCAAAACAUAUUUUUAUAUGACGAUUGUUUUAUGUUUAAUUUGCCUUGAUUCAGUGUUACAUUAGGUAAGGUCAUAUUUUGUCAAUAUCAAUGUAUGUGUCGUCAUGAUAAUGAAACUGCGAUAAGUACCAGAAAAAUCUUAAAUUACCAGUUGGUACGGUCUCGAGUACUAUAAUAUAUCGUAGAAUUAGAAAGUCACGUAAGAGCCUUUUGAUAAAUCAUAUUCGGAUGUGAUUUUCUUCGACAACACCUUGAUUUCGUUCAAUUAAUUUCAUUCUCGAUUAAAAAUAGCUUGACCAUUGCGCGGUUUUGUUAACAUUCUUCUUCUAUCUUCUAUCGUGUGGGUUGUAAGGUGGAUUAGCAACCUCAUCAACCCUGGUGUCAAGGUUACUAUUGAGCCGCCAAAGGCCCCUGACAUGGCUCAUGUAACGACUACUUACAUCAGUAAUUAGUAACCGGGACCAACGGCUUAACGUGCCUUCCGUAGCACGGAUCAUCUUAUUUUCGGACAAUCUGGUGAUCAGCCAGUAAUGUCCUAACCAAACUAGGAACCACAAAGUAAUUUUUGUGAUUUGUCCCCACCGGGAAUCGAACCCGGGACCUCCGGACCGUGAGCCCGACGCUCAACCACUGGACCACGAAGAUCGUUUUGUUAACAUUACUCCCUCCGUAAAAAAAAAUACUUUGUAGUCCCUAGUUUAGUUAGGACAUUACUGGCUGAUCACCAGAUUGUCCGAAAAUAAGAUGAUCCGUGCUACGGAAGGCACGUUAAGCCGUUGGUCCCGGUCACUAAUUACUGAUGUAAGUAGUCGUUACAUGAGCCAUGUCAGGGGCCUUUGGCGGCUCAAUAGUAACCUUGACACCAGGGUUGAUGAGGUUAGGACUCCACCUCACAACCCACACGAUAGAAGAAGAAGAAGACAUCCGAAUGUAGUUUAUCAAAAAGCACUGACGUGGUUUUCACUAUAAGGCGACGAUAUACAACUUAGAAGAACCCUAUCGUAUUAACAUUUUUGUCAUUAACUGAGACUUCAAACUCAAUUUGUCAAGUAAUUUAAUGCGACAUGGUUCUUUGUACAUAAUUGGAAUCGUGGCCGUACAAGUAGUACAUAGAAAAAUAAUAGUACAGAAAAGAUACUGUAACUUUAUAGAGAAAAGUCACUGUAAAGUAUUCUGUGAUACAUAUUUUUAUAUUCAAUUUAUAUAACGCUAUAAUAUGAUACAAAUAUGUUAUGAAUACACAAGAUGAGCUCGAUAGUUGUCAUUUGUAAGGUGAGGCUAACUGUACACCGAGUAUUCACUGACUACGAAGCAGGCUGUGGACAAGAAGUUCUGACGUGUCGCGUACGUGGGGCCGCCCUAUGGGCUGCUGCUGCAGUCGAACGGACGCCCCACAGUACGGUCACGUCUAAAUAUACGAACCUCGGAACCCUGUCGCGUUAACAUAUUUCCCAUUUACGUGAGACUUGAUCCGAAUGGCCAAAUAAGUUAAUGCGACAUAGUUCUAAUGCAUGUACGUAUUGUUAGACGUGACUGUACCUUUUGGAUUGAAUGUAUUUGUAGUUUUGAAUCGGAGAGGAUAUUCUAAAUGUGUAGUUUUAAUUUAGACGUAAGUAGAUUAGAGGGUGUGUCAGUGAAUAGUGUACGUCGCGGGACAUUACGUUUACAAACAAUGAAGUACCUUGAUUUUUAUAAGAACAUUACACUAAAUAGGUGACUACAAUUCAGCAUAAUAGUUAAUAGCAAUUUAUAAUGUUUCAGAGACGCACAGUUCGUUUAUGAUUAUUGCAAUAAUUCGUUGUGAUCAAGUAUUUGAAAUGAAAAUACAAAAAAAAAACAGCCUUGAUUAUAAAUUAUAAUGCUUUAGUAAAAUAGUUGUAAGUUGAAUCGAAAAUGUUUAGUCGGAUCCCAAGAUUGUACUAAGGGAUUAUAAUUACAUUGUAUUUUUUGUGUGUGAUGAGCUGUGAUUGUAGUGGACUACUGACGUUACCUGACUCACUGAAUGGCUGCAUCCAACCGUGUUCUAGGUUAUAAUUGUCAUUACUUUUCUUUUUUAUUAAACUUUAGUUAUAACAAGUGUGAGUGACUUGAGCAUUUUUGUUCUGUUUGCCUCUGUCUGCUACUGGGCAUAGACAUGUAUUUGUACAUACAUUCAAGCCCGUAAUAUCUUGCAGGCCGUCUUCCCCUCCCCCCUGCCCCGAUCUCAAUAUAGAGAUAAAUAUUUGGUAACAAGAUAUCUAGCUUAAUAACCUUAUGAUCCCAACAAAAUGCAAUUAUCCACAUAUGCGGAAGCUGGUUAUCUCUUUUGUAAUACAGACAUACAUACACCAUACCUGCCCACACAUUGACAGGAUAAUAACAAAUCAAUCCAACAAUAGCACCUUUUCAUUAGAAAUUCGUUGAGUAAGAAACUUGGAGAGAAUGAACGCGAGAGUUGUAAGGGAGAAUGGGCAUCUGCUCACAGGUAGAUAUGUCCUAUAAUACUUUAAUUUUGUACACUUUUGAAUAUUCUGAUAUUCUGUGUGUCAAAUAACAAUCAUCACAACUCUCUAGCGUUUAUCCCGUUUAUUAUUUGGUCCGUUGUGACACCUAUGAAUUUUUCAUAAAAUUCAAUUUAUAUAAAAUAACACAAUUACAUCUCAUUCUAAACAAAUAUGAGGUGGGCUUUCUCUGUAGCGCUGAUAUAUAGGAAUCCACCAAACACCGCAAGGGAGACAGAGACAACGAGGUCCUUCUCUCUCUCCCCCACGUUGUGAUUGGUAUAUUCUGUACGUCUCCGCUGCAGCACUGAAACAGAAGUUUCAGUGGAAAUCCAUUCUGAAUCUGUUACAAUGAUACAGUGUAAGGAGUUAGGUUUAAAUCUGAAAAAUGUCUAAGAUAAUAUAUGAUUACUCUAUGGUAAAACAAAAUAAGGUAUUCUCCUUUGACAAACGACGCCAUUUUGAGCGAAGAAUUUGUCAUCAAAGUGCUACCAUUAUUAGUACCCAACAUACUAAGGACUUAUAUGAAACUAAAUCAAAUUACUAUCAAUUAUUUACUAUCAUUUAAGACAUAUAUUUAGAAAAUAAGGGACUUUCCAGGCUACGUUUCCUAAAAGAAAGGCAGAUUGCUCUGUACAGAGUUGCCUUCAUUCGAGUUGGAAAAUUUCUACAGCGCCAGGGAAGAUAGUCUGGAUAGUUCCUUAUUAAAACUGCAAGUAAAUAUUUUAUUGAAAGUGCAAAAUUGCUCCGCAAAUAAAUUAAAAACAUUAGCCGUGGGUAAUUUUUUUACCUACUGGCAACAUAACCUGAGGACGUCAACUUUGCUUCGUUAUAAAAAAAAAACAAGAUUUGCUACCGGAAAUUGCAUUUGUUGUCAUUAAUGGGAAAAUACUUCAAAAUACAACGCAAAAUGUAGUAUCUUAUUUAUACCAUGGAUUACUCCACCUGGUGAGCUGGGCAAUGUUAGUGUCUAUUACAGUAACGAUACGAGUUGUUAUACAUUGGUGCUAAUUCCUGCAGACGCCAUCUAAUGUAAUUUUAAGUUAUACCUGUUAUUUUCUUAUCCGUUGAAAAAGAAAGAGACGGGUAAUCGACAGACAUACAAUUUAUGGAAUACACGUCAAUUUUAAGCAGAAAUCUAAAACAACCGUCUAAAAACUUUACAUCGGCCAAUCACCGGACAGAAUUAAGUAGACAGCACGUCCAACGGAUUCUAUACCAGCGAGAUGCCUAUUUUAUUCGCAUGGGUUAUUCAUUCACUUUAAAAUUAACUUGUUGGGAAUCAUCCGUCCCUCUCCUUUUCGGCGGAUAAGAAAGUGACGUGUAUAACUUAAAAUAAAAUUAAGGUGUCUGCAGGAAUCGGGGCCAAUGGCUGCAUAGCCAAUAAAUUAUUUGAUUGACUUCCUUGAACAUAGAAUAAUUUGGAAAAUCAUAUCUUGUAACUGAUGUAUGUAGAUAUAAAUAUGAAUCAUACGUUUGUGUGGGAUAAUGAUUGAAGUCAACGUGCUUGUUAUCGAUGACUUCUUGCCAAAAUGGCGCAGGUAUACCAUGCCGGCAAAAGGGUAGUGUCCGACAAGUUAAAUCAGAGGGAGCUUUCUGCACGUGGUCUUAAUCGAAACUAACGUCACAUCCUACCAAAACGUCAUUUUUGACAGUUGCUUUAUAUUGGGAAUAUGGAGGCCGUGCACACCAGCGCCCUCUUGUCAAUGCCAUCCAAGUGCCACGAGAUCCUUAUUGCCUUAUACUUCUUAUUAAACGCCAAAACAUGAAUUACUAUGGAAUUGAAAAACGAAAAAAAGAAAAACGCGACAAAAUAUCGAACUUACUGUUGCCUUUUUCUUGAAUUCAUAAAUAAUUUGAAUAGACACAUAAAUAUUUUCAUUAGUUUUAGACCAGUCUUUAUUUAUAAAUUUGAAUUUCAUCAUUUGUCUUAGACUAGGACACUACCCAAAACAUUUAUUAGGUCUGCUUGCCCGAAAUAGAUUAAUUAUUAUUAUUAUGCAAUGUUAAAAUACGUACCGUAUUACGGUAACAUUUGUGCUUGUAGAACACUAAUGAUUGCUGCACAAAGGGUGAGGCAGCAAAACAAGCCGGUUGAGGGGAGUGAAUUUGUAAGCAACCGCCAUAGAUUUCAUGUAACAAAUAGACCAAUCUCUGUAAAAAAGUGUCCGCGGCGCACAUUGUCACAAGACACGGCGUGUGACGACACUGUACAACCUACAACCGAUAUUGCACUUUAUUUGAACAGCCAUAACAUUUUAUCUACGUUUGCAACACGGUUCGGACUAGUGUU